AUGUCGUCAUUACUUGCUAUUCUCGGUGAGAUUUUGAGAUUUCUAUCCUCGAUGCCUUUCGGACAGAUUGUUAUCGGUCCUCCUGGAUCCGGAAAAACUACGUAUUGUAAUGGCAUACAACAAUUUCUUAAUGGAAUUGGAAGAAAAGUUUCAAUAGUAAAUCUUGAUCCGGCAAAUGACUUUUUGCCAUACCAAAGCGCAAUAAACAUAACGGACCUAAUUGUUCUACAAGACGCAAUGGAAGAAUUAAGAUUGGGACCAAACGGAGGAAUGAU